AUGGAAGAAAAUGCAAACACCAGUUUGGAAGAAGAUUUCGAAGGACAAGCAACACACACAGGGCCCAAAGGUGUGAUCAAUGACUGGAGAAAGUUUAAAUUAGAAAGUGAAGAUAAAGACUCCUUACCCUUGAGCAAGAAAGAAAUUCUUAGACAAAUGUCUUCACCACACAGGUCCUUCAGUAAAGAUGAUAAAGAUACCAGAGAGAGAUUCUGCCGUAAGAUGAGUAUGCAGGAGUAUGAAUUAAUAAAUGAUGAGAAAGAAGAUGAAAGUUGCCUACAAAAAUACCGUAAGCGCUGCAUGCAAGAUAUGCACCAAAGGCUGAGUUUCGGGCCUAAAUAUGGCUAUCUGUGUGAGCUGCAAAAUGGAGAACAGUUCCUGGAAGCCAUUGAAAAAGAACAUAAAACUACCACUGUCAUUGUUCACAUUUAUGAAGACGGCGUCAAGGGCUGUGAUGCUCUGAACAGCAGCUUAACCUGCCUUGCUGCUGAGUACACUACUGUGAAGUUCUGCAAGAUCAAAGCUUCUAAUACUGGGGCUGGAGAUCGCUUCUCAGACGAAGUGCUUCCCACUCUGCUCAUCUAUAAGGGCGGAGAGCUUCUGAGCAAUUUCAUCAGCGUUUCUGAACAAUUCAAUGAGGAAUUCUUUGCUGUGGAUGUGGAAUCUUUCCUAAACGAGUAUGGGUUGCUACCUGAAAGGGAGCUUCCAGCACUGGGAAAUGUCAACACGGAUGAGCAAGAUGUUGAAUAG